CGUAGAUGUAUCAAAGAAAAUGAAACAUGAUUUUUUGACAGCUAGAGGAAAAUUACUGAAAAGCAUUAAGAGCACUGACGAAAACAACGUAUAAUAUCCCCAAAAUAUGCUUAUUGUUUAAGACACUUACAGAGCCUUUAAUGUAAUGACUUUAGUAUUUUAGUGUUUUUAUUAUAUUCUAUGUUGUCACUCCUUACAUUUACGAUUACAUUGUAACUAUUGGAAGUUGCCGUUUUUAUGUGUAGGUUACCCGUUUGUUUAUAUUUCAUUGUAUAUUUAUCAUUGAUAAAGGUAACCAGGCUUAAUUUGCUCAUUCACACAAGAUUUUCCCCGUGGUUAGGAGGUGGGUUUAUUUUCUCUUUAUGUUCUUUAUUCAUAAAGAAAGUUUCAUCUUGAAAACUUUUCAGGCGCGCCGCGGUCAGCUAUGUGGGUUUUGCUGCGUGUUCCGUCUUUGUUACCAUGGAAACCCUGCUACAAUGCUCUGAUGCUGAUGUUUCUCUUGAGAUAAACAGGCCAAAGUCAGACGUUUAAAACGAACAAGAGCUUUUGAAGUUAUUAUUUAGCCUUUGGAUAUUGACUAGAGAUGUCACCGCACAAAUAUAUCAAAUUUCCACCUUUAUCGCCGUCACAAAAACAAAGACCUAAAUAUGACCAUAGUCUACAAAAUGACACUGUCCAGAUGUCAGAGAGAGGGCUAGAAGGAGAAAGUGCUGGUGCAGAUUCUGUUCAACUAUCUCCAGCGAGAAAGUUGUGCUGGACGGGAAGCAGUUACAUUUAUGCAGGCCCAGGCCCAAGGAGAAAGCCCCAAUUCCUGAUGCACCUGGAGAGCUAUGUGAACAAAGAGCUUCAUACUAUCAACUCCCAUGAACCAAAAUAUCAGGAAUUGAGGCUACAGGUCUACCGGGAUGUCUUUGCUUGUUUCAUCAAAGAGUUCAGAACCUACCAACCCCUUCUGUCUGCCAUCAGAAAGGAAUAUGAAAACACUUUAGUGUAUCAGCAGGAUCAUAUCCGAGAACUGGAACCACUGCGAUCCCAUCUGAGGCUGGUGACAGAGGAAUGUGACAGGAAGAUUCAAGCUCGCUGGUUAGAGGAGCAGGCUGAGAUUGGAGCCUUGAAAAGGGAGAAACAGCAACUGCAGGAGGAAAUUGAGGCCAUGAGGGAGAAAGAAAAGGCCACGCAGGCAGUGGUGGACCAUCUGCAGUCUGAGCUGUCCAACCAGUAUCUGCAAUACCGGGAGGAGCGUGAUGCCCGCAAGAUGCUGAUCUGGCAGCUCAAUAACCUAACGAGAUGUUCUGUGAAGGAGGAGCAUUCUGCAGAUGAGAGAACAGAAGAGAAUAAGGACCCUGUGGAGCUGCAGCUCGCUCUGAAGGUGUGUCGGAAAGACCUGACCAAAGCCCAGGAGGAGCUCACCAGGAUGAAAGCAGAGUACUGGGACGUCGUACCUCGACGCAAUUGGGACAGCCUGGAACAAACACACAAACAGACCUUGCUACAGUUGGAGACCCUGCAGGGUGACUUUGAUCAGUUGAAGAGUGAGUAUGACACCCUGCUGGAGCUCUACAAAAGAGGCAGCAUGCAGACACGUGACCCCGGCACUGUGCAGAUGGGUGCAAGUGUGUCCCAAGGGCAAAGCCAGAUUCAGUCUGACCAACUAAAAGAGCCAAUCAACACUGAUGCCUCCAAGAGCGGUACACUCACUGUCCAGGAGUUUAGGGCAGCCCUGAGGACAGCAUUCCCACUGAAGUCAGAUCAGGAAAUAGAUGAACUUUUGGCCUCGGCUCAAAGCGAAUCAGACAGCAGCAAUGACACCAUCUCUUCCCAGAGACUCCACAGCCUACUUGCAGAAUCCGGUGUGGCAGCCUUACUUCCUGCUUUGGAUGAAUCAGAAGAAACUGCUGUGUCAAACUUUUAAACCAACUGAUAUGAGAGGGUAGUAUUAAUUUUAUUAAGUAGGCCAACAUGUCAGCUUAAAGACAUACUAGAAAAAAUGUUGUAUGUGACCUUAAGUCUUGAGUCUUAAGUCUUAUUGAUUGUCCCCGUAACACAUUUUUAACUGUUAAUGAUAAUGUAUGUACAAUAAUAAGGGUAAACAUUGUGAAUUUGUGAUGAAUAUUGUCUGCUGCUGUCACUGAUACAGUAGCCCAGAAAUCAAAACCUUGUCAAAUCAAAAAUAUCUUCAUAACUAUGUAUAUACCACUUGGAGUUAAGUAAGGACACAUUUAGUUACAAAUGCAACUUAUCCAAAAAGAAAUACAUCAUGUAUAAUGGACAUUCA